AUGAUCCUCGAAAGCCAGGGCAAGGACCAAGGUAGCCGCGAUCCAGCGCGACCACCGGCUCGGAGUUGGCUGGAGAAUAUGCGAGCCCAGAUCGACUACGGACGGUUCUCAGAGUCUGAUAUUGACGCUGAGGAUUAUGUCAACGUCCUGCUUUCACCCGCUCGACCACGCAGGUAUCUCGAGCGAUUGGGGAUCGAGCCGGACUCUGAACCUGGUGAGGAAGACGAGGACGGUGACAGGAACAAUGAUUCUGUGGAUAGAAGCCCACUUCGCCGUCGGCCGCCGCAGCCGUCCGCACGGCCAAGGCGUGGUCGCCGAGGUCCCGCCCCAGAAUUGGCGGUCUUCCAUGCGCAAGAUCCGGUGUGGAAUGGCGACCUCGACGCUUGUGCCUUGACCGACCGCGAUAAGGCCACCCUGCGCGAGUUCUGGACUAAGCUUGACAAUGACCAGAUGGAAUACUGCAGCCGAUGCCGCGAGUGUUGGUUUCAGAUGGAAAUAGAUUAUGACGGCAUUUGCUCGCGUUGCUAUCGAAAGGAUGAGAAGCGUGGCCCCGACGAACCUUAUUUCUUCUCUGCCGAAAAUCAACUCGACUUUGGCCCUGUGCCGGCCCGAUUGCCUGAGCUUACGCCUACUGAAGAGUCGUUGAUCGCUCGCGUGCACGUCCACGUCAAUAUCAUGCUGGUGCGGGGACAGCAGUACAAGUAUCGGGGGCACGUCGUUCACUUUCUCCGCGAGGUUGGCUUGGUGUACAACCAGCUCCCGCUUCUGCCGCGGGAGUUGAACACGGUGUUGCUGCGUCCUGCCAACACGUCGUCACACGCCAAUCUCAGUCGGCAAUUCACCCGCCAGUUCCGUGUGCGCCGCCAGGCGGUUAUGAUAUGGCUUGACUACCUCCGCCAUCAUCAUCCUGGCUAUCGAUGCAUCGUCAUCGACGAAGAGCGACUGAGCCAACUGCCCGAGGACGGCAAUGCGGUGGAUGCCAUCCCCCAAAGUCAGGUGGAGGCUGCCGAUGUGGGACCGGAGGAAGAUCAGGAGGCAGAGCCUGAGCUAGAGGACGCGGCUGCGGUGCCUGACCUGUUGGCCAAGGACACGGAGCUCGAUGCUCUGCGGUCUGUUCUCGCUCCCAGGGCGGGGCAGCACGGGCUGCGGCUGCCGAAUAUACGGCACACGCCGAUCAAUGAGUUCAAUCGCUCUCAUGCCCUGCUCUCCUUGGCAUUCCCCUGCCUCUUUCCAGACGGCAGAGCCGACUUUGUGGAACCUCGCUUGCGGUCAAUUGAGUACAAGGAUUACAUCGAGCACGCGAUGCGGUGGCACGACGGCCGUUUUGCACGGCACCCGACCUUCCGUUUUGUCGCGUUCAACACUCUGAUGCGGUCCCAAGCACGCGCGCGGUCGAGAUUCUUCGUGAAGCAACAUGACGGCACCCGCGAACAACUCACGCGAGAGCAGCUUAUUCAGGCACUUGAACACAGCGAAGAUCCCGAGGCGCAGGCGCUGAUCAACUCGAUCACAAGAAAGAGGCAGGACCUCGAGGCGUAUGCAUACAGCCUGGGCUGUCCUGGCGCAUUUAUCACAUUCAGCCCAGCCGAUUUGCACUGGCGGAGCCUCUACCAGCACAUGCCCCGAUAUGGAGAAUGGCUGCGCGUUUCCGAGCCGGAGAGGAUGGCAUUGUCGCGGUACUUAUUGCGACAGAACCCUCACAUUGCUGCUUUCCACUUCUACCGCCGAUACUGCUUCUUUCGAGAUAUCGUGUUGCGGAAGAAGUUCAACGUCACGGAUUACUGGGAUCGGUACGAAUGGCAAGGGCGUGGUAGUCCGCACAACCACGGUCUGUACUGGAUGAAGGAGGGCCCCGCCGCCGACAUGGAGGACGAAGCCGCUCGAGACCUGUUUGCACGCACGUGGGGCUUCCACAUCACGGCCGUGAACCCGGAGCCCCAGCUGGCCGCGGUCAUCAGGAAGGAAGGCAAGUCGUACUACAUCUUCGAGGCGGCCCGCAACGACAGCCUUAUGAAUCAUUUCAACCCUGCCAUCAUUCUGGGAUGGCUGGCCAACAUUGACAUAUCUCCAUGCACCAGCUUGCAAGCAGUCAUUACUGCUGUCGGCGGCGACACCAUUUCCAUGAGGACGACCAUUACGGGGGAGGUGGGGACAAACGAGCUCCAGGCGGAGGACGAUGAGUUUGUGCAGGAGGUGCAUGACGAGCCCAUCGCAGAGGAGGACUGGCAUGAGCUCGCCCACAUGCUGCCAGACCGGCCGCUGGAGGAAGAAGACAUCGACGUACUUGGCCGGCGAAAUAUCGACGUGAAUUAUGACUGGACUCCUCACGUCGGACGAUACACCAACGACGACAUUCUCAGCGGCAACUACUGGGAGCAACGCAAGGCGGAAAGCUCCUUUCACCUUGAUGUGGAGCAUCAGCCCUUGGAAGCACGCGAUGCCCUGAAUCCAGAGCAGCGCAUAGUGUAUGACACGGUGAUGGGUCACUUUCUCGCCCAGGACCGUUCCCAGUUGCUACUCCAUGUGGAUGGUGGCGGUGGCACAGGCAAGUCAUAUCUCAUCAACCUGCUCUCGGCGCACCUCCAGGCUGCGACACGUGGGAGAGGGACACCUGUCUGGCGUGCCGCACCGACAGGCGUCGCAGGGAAUCAGAUAUCAGGCACUACUUUGCACUCGCUGCUUCACCUCCCGAUCAACAAGGACUUCAGGCCGCUCUCCGCCAUCGACAAAGCCCAGCUCCAGAAGAAACUGAAGGAUAUUCAGUACCUAAUCAUCGACGAGAAAAGCAUGCUGGGACUGCGUAUGCUAUCCUGGAUUGACGACCGUCUCCGCGAGGCAUUUCCGCAUAGGAACGAGGAGUUCUUUGGCGGACUCAAUGUCCUUUUGGUGGGCGACUUCUUCCAGCUUCCUCCUGUUCUACAGAAACCGCUAUACUACGACAAAGAGGUGCAGGGAGUAGAGAUCAAGGGAAGGAACGCGUAUAUGCGCUUCGAUAAGACUGUCUUCCUGAGCGUUGUUCAGCGGCAGUGCGGCGAUGACCAGGCGGCCUUUCGCAAGGCAAAGCUAGACGAUCAAGAGGUCGCCAGGUUCGCCGACGCCUUACGGGUAUACGCCACGAAAGACCGGGUCAUCGCUACAAACGUUGGCCCCGGCGCGACAGCUGCUCCGGACGACAAGCCAGUUGGCCUCUGCAACGGCGCACGCGACCCUCCCUGCGUGAUCAUGAUGGAGUUUGACAAGUACACGGGGCCGGUAUUCCUGACCACCGCAGAUGGCAGGAAGAUUGUCCCCAUUCUGCCAAGCAUCACCGAAGACACGAUCGUGACGGAUCUGUCCUGCCGUGACUUUCAGACCGGAUUGAGCUACGUGGCCGUCUCGCGUGUGAAAACGCUGCAGGGUCUGAUGCUGGAUGCCCCGUUUGACCGCAACCACCUGACUUAUGCGUCGCCACCGGAAGGAAUUAAGAUGAAAAUGAGGGAUCAGCAACUUCGCAAACGACAGGUUCUCACCCAGAAUCCGUACAAGACAGGCCACGGGCAUACGUAA